AUAUUGCACUCAUAACAUUUAUGUAAUGUUUAAAUAUUCAAACUAUGACACGAAAAAUAAAUAAAUCACACUUAAGUAAAGAUGAAUGUGAAAAAAUUCUUGCUGUAAUUCAACGUGAUUGCAAUUUGCGACAAAAAGAACAGGAACGUUUAAGUAAAAUUGAGGAAGAACUGAAUGAAAAAGCAUCACAAAGAAGUGUUUUAGCAAAGCGUAAAGAAUUUAAUGAAAAAUGGUGUAUAUUGUGCUGUUCAACUUUUAAUUUACUAUUUAAUAAGAAAUUUUAUUGUCAUGAUUGCCAUUUUUAUGUUUGUCGACAUUGUGCUGUUUGGGAAAGCCAAGAAAAAAUUUGGUUGUGCAGAUUAUGUGAACAUCAACGCAUUUUGUAUAUACAAUCUUGUGAAUGGUUUUAUGAUCAUGUAAGAAAGAAAUUUAAGCAUUUUGGAAGCUCUAAAAUAUUUAUAAAAACAUUACAUAAAAAGCGAAAAGAAUCUGAUAGUGAAAAUGAUUCUGGUUAUGGUCCUACAAAUGAAAGUGGAACAUCUAGAUCAGUAGUUGCACUGCUUUAUCCUAGAAAUCAAAAUGAAAUAAAACAGGAAGAAGUUGGAGAUUCUGUUUCUAUAACAGAUACAGCUGAUAGUGAAAAUGAUUCUGGUUAUGGUCCUACAAAUGAAAGUGGAACAUCUAGAUCAGUAGUUGCACUGCUUUAUCCUAGAAAUCAAAAUGAAAUAAAACAGGAAGAAGUUGGAGAUUCUGUUUCUAUAACAGAAUCUCAUUGUUCUCAAGCAGAUGAUGAGGAUGAUAUGGGAGAAAUAAGACAUCAUAUUGAAACAGUUGUAGAAGGACUGAUUGGAGGGACAUCUCUUGAUACAGCGCGUGUUGAUUGUCUUUAUGAUCAUCCUUUGUAUGAUCAGCUAUUUGCAAAAUAUCACUCUCAACUUGCAUCAGCUUCUGUUCUUUUAUGUAAUGCAUUACAAAAAGCUAUGCAAAGCAAUACUCUUUCAGAAGAUGAAAUUACACCUACUGCUGCUCAUUCAGCAUUAAAAUAUAUUAUAAAUGAAGUUAUUGAAGAUGUACAAAUGUUGCCUAUUUUCAAGGAUAUUGAUGAGUCUAGUCAAGAUAAAGAUUCAAAAUCAACUGUACAAGAAAAUUCCAGUCAUUCUGUAUAUAAAACAUAUAAUGAUUUAUUAGCAGCUGCAAUAAUUAAUAAGCUUGUUGAAAUGCAACAGGAAAAGUUUAAAAAGGAUAAUUUAAGAGCAGAUAAUGAUUUAAAAGAUUCGAACAGUAAUGAGAACAGUAGUGAUGAUGAUAAUUUAGAUUCAAAUGCUAAAGAAGCAAACAAUGAAUUUACAUGGGUUGAAGAUUUAAAUAAGCCACAAUCACGUAUAGAAUAUAUAAUUGAAGAAAUUGAAGAAAUUACCCAAGAUGGUACAGAUUCAGAAGAAGAUAGAAGUAGUAGAAUGAGCAUACAAUCAAGUAAUCACAGUACAAAUGAGAUUCCCUUAGGGAAAACUGUUAUAACAAGCACUGAUGAAAUAUCAGAUUUAGAUUCAUUUAAUGCAUUAGAUGUCACUGCUGGCCAAAAAGUGCCUUUUCCUGAAUUUGGAAUGGAUAUUGUUGAAUUAAGUGAUGAUCAGGUUGAGGAAGAAUUGGGAGCUGAGUCUCGUGUUGUGUCAGUUUCAGCCUGGGAAGAAAAUUGGUUAUUUAGAAAAAAAAGACUUCCUGUAUAUAGUUCUCUUGGCAUGCAUUUAAUGGCAUCAUAUGGAGAUCCCCCUUCUAUGUUUAUUCCUAAUCCUAUUGAUGACGUUCAGGUUUUAAUAGGGUCUAGGCAUUUGGAUCAGUUGUCUGAAUUAUCCGAAACUAAUUCAGUUGGGUCAUUAGUACUUUCAAGUGAUGAUAAUGUAGAUGAAGAAAUUAGUGAAAAGUACAAUCUUUCAGAUUCAGUUAAAGACUCAGAACUAAAAAAUAGCAUUACAAAGUUAAAAGAAUAUCAGCAAGUAUCCAAUCCAUCUGUAUUAAAAAAUCAUUCAGAUUUCACACAAGAAACUUUUUGUUCAAAACAAAUGAUGAAAAUAAAUCUUCCUAAAUACAUUCCUCAAAAGCUUCGAAAAUCAGAUGUUUGUGAUCCAGUAUUUUUAGAAGUGCCCGAAAGUCAAAGUUUACAUGCUGGUAAAAUAGCUCAUUUUGUGUGCCAAGCAAAGGGUACUAAACCAAUUGGAGUUGCAUGGUUUCGAGAUGAACAGUAUUUAUCAUCUGGAGCACAGUAUUCUAUAUAUUCUAUUGAUGAAAAACAUAUAUUGGAUAUAUAUGAUAUAAAUUUGUCUGAUUCUGAUACUUAUUCAUGUUGUUUAUAUAAUGAAAAAGGAGAAAAUUGGAGAGAUUUUACAUUAAAAGUAAAAUUUAAUGAAAUUUCAGAUAGCAUUGGUUAUGGAGAAUGGCUAUUUGAAAUCACUAAUUUACAAGAGUCUGAUGAAGGAGAAUAUUCAGUAAUUGCAAGCAAUAAAAUGGGUCAAGCAUCAUCAAGUGUGGUAUUAAUUCCUGAACAUGGCAAUAUAAGUGUUAGUAUUAUCAAUCAGCAAAACAGAAAAUCAAAUGAAAUUAAUUCUCCAGAAUUAAAACAAAAGAAAAUUAAGGAUAAAAUUGAAAUAAAAACAGAGAAAAAUACAUUAAAAUUUACAGAAUGUAAAGAACACCUAAUGUAUCAGUCAUCUGUAAACGAAGCUGAUCAAAAUAUGGAAUCAAAUAGCGAUGAUAAUAUAAAUGAUUUAAAUGCACCACCAAGACCAGGAACUAUUGCUGAAAGAGAACACAAGAAGUGGUUGAAUGCAAUUCCUUUAAGAAACAAUCCUUAUAGUGCUGCAAAUAUAGCAAAAAGACUUGGAAGGAGGAGACCAUCAGUAGAACUUUCUCAGUCAGCUAUUCGACCAUUAACUUUUGAAGAAUUUGAAUGUCAGCAGCAACAAAACAAUUAUGAGGCAUUUGAAAACGUUCCUAUACUUAAUGUUUCUGUAGAUCCAUCUCGUUAUCAAAGAGACUAUUACAUUAAUCACGUAUCAAAUGAAACACAGAAGAAAUUAAAUGUCAAAUACAUACCAGAAGAGAAUAGUCAGAAUAAAUCAAAUGUAGAUUUAGAUAAUGAAGAAGCUUUGAAUUCUUUAGAAGAAAAGGUUUAUAUCAGCACAGGAAAAGUUUUCACUCUAGAAGAUCAUGUUCGUCGGCUAGAGAGGGAAGUUCAGUUGGUUACUAGUAUGGAAGAUAUGAACAUUCUUGAAAAUGAAACAGCAAAAAUAGCAACUGAUAUAUCUGAUAAUGAUAAACAGAUUUCACAUUUGGAGGAGGAAAUUUUUAAAUUAAAGAAAUCUUCAAAUAGUCAUUCAUUUGCAGAAGCAAACAGUUUGUUGUCAAAUUCAUGCAGUUUUGGAGAUGAAAAAUUUCCUUCUUUACCAUCUGUGAGAGAUUUGGCAAAUAAAUUCAUGCCAUCUAAAGCUGAAUCUAAAAUAUCAUCAGAGACCUCAAAGAAUUCAGAAAAGAAAGUUAUUGUCAUAGACAAAACUUUAAAGAAGAGUCCAUAUGGUGAAAAGGAAGAAAAACUCAAAGUUACUUCACAAAAUCGAGUAAUACACAGUUUAACUGCUCGUAAUCUUAGUAGAGAAGUACGUAAACAAGCACAAAAUGUUUUCUUGCAUUCACAAUCAGUUGACCAAAAUGUGCUUUACAAUACUGAUGUGGCACAUCCAUCAGAUUGUACUCUUCCAACAAAUGAAAGUAUUAAUUUAUCAAAAAAGAAUAUGGAAGUAUCUGGAGAAGCAUUCCAUGGAUAUACAUCUGAUGAAAGUACUACAAGUAAUCAUUCCUCUUCUGUAUCAAAAGCCAAACGUAAGACAUCCAAAAGCAUUCUUCAAAGAGCAACUUAUUGGGAAAAACGAGCUGAACAGAGUCUUCUCUCUGAUAGUUCUGUAUGUGAAGAUUUUCCAGCAAUGGAAAAUAUUCCUAAUUGAAUGCAUCUGAUGCACAGUAGUAUUGUGCCAUAUCAGAAGCCUUUAUUUUUGUUUUGCUUUGUCAGGACAAUAUAAUUUUCUUGCCUCAUCUUAUGAGAGAUGAUAACUUGGUAAAGAAAUAUUCCAGACUUUGGGACUUAUGGUUGUUAUAAGUAGUACAUAACACUUUAGUUUUUGUUCUAGAAAAGACAGUCAUAAAGUGUUUUAAUGUUGGUUUAAUUUAUUUACUAAUAUUGUAUAAAUAGCUGUUUUGUACUUAAGGAAAAAAAUGUGUGUAUAGUGAAACCUGUGUAGAUUGAAAUUUUUAAAAUAUUCUAAAAUGUUUUGAGUGAUAAAUUGAUCGUUAUAUAAUAGUUCUAUCAAAACAUGCAAAUCAUUAUAAAAUUAUUUUUAAAAUUAAAAUCACGUUUAAGAAAUCUUGACAUUUCAAAUAUAUAAUAGUAACAAAAUUUUAUAAAAUAUGAUUAUAUUUUGAAUAACAGGAAAACAUUUUAAUUUUGUCCUUCAAAAUUUGUAUAACAUUAUUGCUGUUAGAAACUCAACAAAUUCAUGACAAUAAGCAUACUGAUUUCAUAUUAGUAUAAAAGAUAUAUUCAUAUUAUUAUUAUUAUUAGUAUCAGAGGAUUGGCCAAGUAUCCCCGUGAUAAUCAUCAGUAUAUCAUUGCAAACAGCCAACUUAAAAACUAAUCCUGAUCCUAAGAAAGUAGCUGGAAUAUUGUUCUACUGUACCCAAUCUUUUGUCUGUGAUAGUGUUCCUCUUCAAACCAGCCAGAUCUGUAAUUUUUUCCUAUUGCAAUUCCUAUGCAAUUUUUUCCUAUAAUCUGUAACAUGAUUUAUAUGAAAACAGUAACAAUGAACUAUGAUGACAAUAACAUCAGAAAUGUAAUAUAAAUUUUUUCUAAAUGCCAAGCAUUAAACAUGUCUGUUAGUAAAUUCAAUAAUAUACUGAUUAUUAUAAAAAAUGCAAAUAUCUUUCAAAUACAUGUCUUUAUUUAUAAGCUCUCAAUAAUUAUAAAAAUAACUGUCAUUAAUAGUAGCAAAAAUUUAAUAACUGUUAGUAUAGUGAAAAGUUUAUAGAAUAGUCAAUUGUAACAAAUUUUCAUACUAUACAGGUUUCACUAAAUAAACACUGUAGUAUUAUCAAUUGCCAAAUACAUUUUAAAAAGAAUUUUUAAUGACCAAUGUAUUAAAUUUGGAAAUUUUCUAAGAGAUGCCAGUUAAAUACAUUAUAAACAGGUAAAAUAAAUUAUUAAAGUUAUGAAUAUAAAUUCUAU